ACUUGAGAUGUGAUUUUUGAGAUAUUUUGAGAUUUUUCUUGAAAAUUAUGCAACCUGAUCCUGUCUAAAAGAAGACUCUUCUCAACUAGCAGUCGAUCAUGGCUGACGAAGAUGAAGACAGCACACUGCUCUGUGGCAGUAAAGGGUUGAUUACCUUGGAUGAGCAGCAUCAUUAUGUCAGAGCCAAGCAGCAAGUUGAUGCCUCUGAUGCAGAAUGUGGGAGAUACAACAUACUCUUGGAUGAGGUUCGACAGCAGCUGUGGCAGUGCCGGGAGCGGCUGCAGGUCCUCUCCAGCCGACGCGAGCAGGCGGCGGCACAGGCGCGCCAUGCGGCACACACUGGCCGACACGCCAGUCUCGGAUACCUGCGGGACCGACUGGCCGGCCUGGAGGCGAACGUGGCGCAGCAGCAGCAUCGGCGGCACUGGCUGACGCACCGGCUCGUCACGCUAGAAAAGUACGCAGCGGCCGCCGCAUUUGACGACGGAAAGCUGGUCAGCACAAAGUUUUUCGUAAACGAGAUGGAAAAGGACUUUGAACGGAGAAAACAGGCGCAGAAGAGCUGCUACAUUCAGCGGGAGGAGAAACUGGCCAAAAUAUAUGAGGACAAGGUGCGCCGACGGGAGGAGCGCAGUCGGAGGACCCUGCGCACCAUGGCGGCGCGUGAGGACCAGCUGAGGCGGCAGGCUGAGGACGCAGCCGCGCGUAUGGACGUGCAUGUCUCAAACACGCUGAAAACCCUGCAUAAACAGCACAAACAACAGCUGCUGGCGUCGGAGCGUCAGCGCCAGCGUCGGUCUGACGCGGUGCGUCAGUUCGCGCGUCAGUUGGAGUACACGCGAGAGGUGCUCCGGGUGCAACAGCAGCUGCCCGCCCGCGCACCGGGGGAGGCUGCCGGCGAGCACAGCGCCCUCUCCAGCGGCACGCAGAAACUACAGGCGCACCUGGAGCAGCGCCGUGCCACUCGGGCGGCCGCCGAGCAGUGUCGUGUCGACACCGCCGCUCGUCAGCGGGACAACACGCGGCGCAUCGUCGCACGGCUGGUACAGGAGGAGCGGCGCCGGCUGCAGUCACCGCGGCCGCCGCCGGCGCCGCUCCGACCCCGCCGGCCGGGCCGCUCCACCCGGCCCCGCAGCCUGCCGCCGCUGACCGCAGAGUCAGGGCAGCUGCCGGACUCUACCACAGGUAUAGAACAGUCAGCCAGUCCGGAUAGCGGUGGAGCAGGCGAGGAGGCUGGCCGGAGUGCGGAGACUACCGUCUCGGCGAUAGCGCGCCCGACUGACUCGGCCUCAGCUGAUGGUCUGACUGACUCGGCCGGUCAGCAUGAGGACAUGCACACGCUGUCCUCUCCGGACUCUUCUGGAUCGUCAACUCCGCCUCGCGGGCCCACCUCGGACGCCCACGGUAGAGCGCGGGCCUCCAGACUCUCCUCUGGAGAUCUGGAGAGGCUGCAGCACCUGCUGGAGACGUCGGCCAAGGGAGGGGGCGGGGAUGACGAGGGUGACGAUCUGGGUGACGAGGGCUCCCUGGGCGGCUCGCUGGGCAGUGUGGGACGCCAGUGGAUGAAGAGGCGGCCCGAUAUGCCGGUGGAGAGGCCGCCGGUCACCAGCGACCCGUGUCCGUUCAGCUGGAAACCGGACGUCAUCGAGUUCAAGGACUUCCAGGUGGGCUGGACGUACUACCGGCGUGUCUCGAUCGUGAACCUGUCCCGGACCCGCUCCAGCUGUCGCUACAUCGGCCUGUUCGAGCACAACUACUACCAGCUGGAGCAGCCGCUGGCCGAGAGUCUGCGCGUUCAUUUCCAGCCGCCGGGCUUCCUGGGAACCGGGCUGGCGGCGAAACUCGAGCUCGAGUUCACACCGCGUAUGCUCGGAGACGGAGAGUGUCUGGUACGAUUCCAGGCGCCAAAUGGGGAGUUCCAGGUGCCUGUGAGGUUCGUGGCUCAGCGAGCAGAGCCGAGACUAGACCGGAGAGCGGUGGAGUUUGGGGAUCUGGUGCUGGGGACGCGAGUGAAGCGCAGUGUGGUGCUGAGGAACACUGGUAGUAAGGGGUGUCGGUUCACCGUGAGGCCCCUGGUACCGACCCCCACGGGGAGUGCGGAGGAGGAACGGACAGAGAGCCAGAGGCAGGUCACCUCUGCGGCCGCGGAGCACUCGGCAGUCGCUGUGGACAGGCCGGGCAGGGCGCCGCGAGGCGGGACUGCCGGGUCGGUCGGAGCUGUGGCAAUCACUAUCGCUCCGCGCGGAGGUACAGCAGGGUCGGUGGGAGCCGUGGUACCGAUUUCCAGCUCUCCCGACGGAGCGGCGGUGGUCUCGACGUCCCCAACCUCCUCCCCCGCUCCUGCGACCAACGACUCACCCGCCCCUGCGACCACAGCCUCGCCAGCUCUCGCUUCGGGCUCUGCAGGGAACUCUGGGGCGUCAUCAUCAGCUGGUCCCGCCGCGUCCACCACCUCCCCAGAACCCGCAGUCACCACCAGCACCGAACAACAACCCACCUCCGCCAAAACGGCCACUGACAUCGUCUCAUCAAUCCUGGAUCAGCUGUUCGACCGGCUGCCCAUCAUCGACUUCGACGGGGGACUGGGGGUGUGCGGCAGCGGCGAGGGCGAGCUGCCGGCCGGCGGCAGAGCGCGACUUCACCUGGGCUGUGUGGCCGACCUGGAGGGCGCCUGGAGACAGCAGUUCGUCGUCGAGUUUGACGAUCCCAACUGUGAACCGUUUACGCUGACGGCGUCCUACUCCGGUCACGAGUUCCCGAUCUCCGUGCGUAACCCGCACCUCUCGCUGGACAUUUGUCUGUGCGGGCUCACCUACUGGGACACCUUCGAGAUCGUCAACACCGGUAAAGUCGCCAGCCGUGUGCGAACUGUUGUGCCCGAUGAUAUGAAGCCGUUCGUGGACAUCCAGGGAUCCCCGGCGCUGGUUCAGGCCGACAACUCGUUCAAGGUCAAGAUUUUCUUCAAACCAAAACGUUCGCUGCUCAGCCCUCCACACCGGUUCUUCGACCCCGCCACACACAUUCUCGACUUCCCAGUGUCCUUCCACGUGGACGCCGGUUCACUGGGCGCCUCUCUGGGCGGCGCGCGAGGCGCCCCGAUCGUGGGCUCCGUGCAGGCAGCUGUCUCCAGUAACCACGUGUGGCUGAAGCCGGAGAGAGUCGAGUUUGGGAGGGUCACCCUACUGGAGUCGGCGUGUCGGAGAGUGCAGCUGACUAAUGGUGGCCUGACGGUGCAGCAGUGCCACUUCACCGGACUGCCGGAUAGUGUGACCGUUCAGCCGGGUAACGGCGGUGCGGUGCUGCUGCCGGGGGAGACGGUGCCUCUGGACGUCAUCUUCUCCCCGUCCGUGUCCGGUCAGCACCAGUUCUCACUGGUCGUGGAGACGCUGGAUGGCGGCAGAGCCACUGUCACAUGUCACGGCCUGGCCACCACCCCGCCCCUCUCUUUGAGCGCUACCAGUAUCAAACUGAGCGGCGUGCCUGUCCAGGGAGAGAAGAAGGCGGCCGUUUACGUGCAGUGUCCUAAGGUACCGCUGGCUGAGGAGAAGUUUUUCGCCAUGGGCGGCAGUUUCGAGUUUCAGCCGCCAGAUGGCAUCCCGGUGGCCAUACACCCCAUGGUGGGGUUCGUACCCUACAAACAGAGUCGCCGUGUCGAGGUGACGGUGUCGCCCAUCCUGGAUCCGACCGAGGUUCGUAUCACCGCCUCGCUCCUCCGCUACGAACAGCUGGAGAUGGAGCGGGCCGCCGAGCCGGAGGUGUCCGCCAAAGGUGACAAGAACAAGAAGAAGGGUCGUAAGAAGUCAGCGGAGAGGCCUCAGAUGAUCCUGUGUCCGGAGCCCUCCACCAUCCACCCGGGCAGCGAUCUGUACCGGGAGGCACAGCAGGUGCUUCUGAGGACGUACGAGCCGGCCACGUACCGUUACGUGAUCCCGUGCUGCGUGAGGCACGGGGACACCGGUCAGGAGAGCAGUGGGCCUUGUGACGUACUGUACCUGGAGGUAGUCUGCACCACGGCGGCGCCCCACCUCGUACCCGCCUCGUCUCUGUGCCUCGACUUUGGUCCGCGCGUUCUGCGCGCGCCCGCCUACCUGGAGGUGGCGCUGGAGGGCGCCGGUGAGGGGCCGCUGCGGCCGCGCGCCUCGGCUCUGGACCCGCACGGACCGUUCAGACUGGUGGAACCGCUGAGGGAGGUGCCGCCGGGAGAGAGGAGUGUGGCGCGCGUCUGCUACACGCCAGAGAGGCUCAGUCAGGAGCUGGAGUUUUGGAACAUUACCGGAGGGAACACCAAUUUGCGAUACGCCCUCUACGGUCGUGGAGUGAAACAAGAGUUCUCAUUCACUCCGGAAGAUGGCAUCAUCAACAUGGGGAAGGCUAAGCUCGGUAAAGCGAGCAAGAAGCAGAUCACGGUGACGAACGAGUGCGAGGCUCCCCUCGAGUUCGCCGUCGAGCUGGUGCCGGCGCCGCCGCUGCUGCCCGCUGACCCGGAGGUCAAGUCACGCGGCUCCGGCUCGGCGCGAGGGGACCGGCGCAGCGGGCGGCGCGAGCCAGAGCCGCAGCCGGCGCUGGCGGCCGCGUGGGCGGUGUCGGCGCAGCGGCUGGAGGUCGGCCCCUACCGGACGGCAACCCUGGAGGUGCUGCUGACUCCGACAGAGGAGGCGCUCUAUGAGGCACAGCUCGUGCUGAGGCUCUUCAAAAGGCUGGAUGAGCUGGUGUUCACAGCGACUGGGAAAACGCCGGGCUACAAGGCGCCUAAGGUGGAGAAGAGCGCGAAAGAGAAAGAUGGGAAAAAGAAGAGUGCGGAAAAGAGCGCGGGACAUAGCGCGGAGAAGAGCGGUAAAGGAAAGAAGAAGAAGUAAAGAAUACACGAAGCGGCAGAGAAAUUUAAGCAUGGAAUCACGUGAAAGAAAUCUUAACAGUAUUUUGCGUCUCAUAGUCAUUUGUCUGAAAAUUGUCCUGUGUAUAUUAUAUUGUGAACGCAAAUGCAGCGAAUUUCUUUCAUUUGUCCGAAUUAUGAAGCGUUAGCAGGCACGACUCUGAACUUCAACUUGAUGCAUUUCUCGUCUCGUUUCUCAAGGUUUUUAGCAAUUUCUUCUAUUUCUGAAAAUUGGCAAGGGCACCGAUAACCGAUUUCUUGAGAUAACAUUGAAGCGGGAACAAUAUGGGACUUAAUUUUUCCGCGCCUCUCAUCUCUCGGAGUACAAACCACAACGGUCAUUUCCAAUCCGAUUAAUGCGCGGAAGCUCCGUGGCCUGAAAAAUGAGCUCCAAAGACUUCGGACUUGACCUACUGACGUUGACCUACUUCACAAUCGGGUAAAACUUUAGGAUUUUGAGGGCAAACAAUGUGCAAUCCUAAUGCUUUGCUCGCGUGAGGCGUAAGCCCCGAGCCCAGUAGCCACGUAACGAGUGUGAAGACCUUCGUGGUAGCUUAUUUGUGAUCUUGAAAUAUGAAAACAAUGGUGAUGCCUGCUUGUAAAUGUUUAGAAUUUAUGUGUACAUAAAUUAGAACCAAGGAAAUACCGACAUGACCUAAAAGGCUACGUAGCUGGAUUUGGAGGUCUAUGGUAUUCCGGAGAAGACGGUCGAGAUCCCAUUCCUAGUACAUUUACUAGCAUGUUGCUAAGUCGAAUGAAUGCAUAGCACCGUUCUAGGGCGGGGUCGUUGUCAGUGAACGCAUGUAGAAGUUCCCGUUUAAAAAGUAAAUUACACAUGUUGCGAUAUGCGACAUUAAACCGUCAGGGAUCAUUUGAGAAGCAAGAGAAUUAAGGAUACAUAUUUGUCGUUCACUGGGAAGUUGACGUUCUGGAAUAGAUGUCUGACAGGUACAUUACGUUAAGGGGGUCGCUUGACUUGACAAUUGAUCCGACUAUUGAAAGACGGAACCAACAUGAAUCCCAUGCUAAUUACAAGUUGUCCUUAAAAUUGGUAAAAUUGUUAAGGCGGAAAGCGGUCACUCUAAAUUUGUGUUGAUGUGGGUCACCAAGUCUCGCUCAUUGCGCGGUUUUGUCCGUUUCAUCUUCCUUGCGUCUGGGUCUCAAAUUAUCUCGCUUAGUGCCGUGCGUCGAACUUAUUUCUUUGUCAGUAUUGUUUUAUUGUGAGACAAGAUAACAAUUU